UGAGAAGGCUGUUGCCAAGGUGACAAGCCGGUGCAGAGUCCGGCCUCGGCAGUGUUGAGGGCGCUGCCGACGGUUCGGAGGUGGGAUGAGGCAGCUAAGGAAAGGCGGCUCCGGAGGAGGCCCUGGACCCUCCCUGGGCGGCCAAGAGUUCAGCAGAUCCAUGUAAGGAUGGCAGUUUUUCUCCAUUUGCUACUAUAUUAUUUCUGGAUAGAGUGGUUAUAAUAUUGAAAGAAGACUGAUGACUUAAGCAACUACUAUGACAGGUUACCUACUCAUAUAACAGCACCAUUCUGAAAAAGAAUCACUCAAGAUUUUUGAACAUUUGGCUACCUUACUUUACAAAAUGAACCGUUAUACAACUCUGAAGCAACUUGGGGAUGGAACCUAUGGCAGUGUUCUGCUGGGGAAGAGCAUUGAAUCAGGGGAGCUUGUGGCCAUCAAAAGAAUGAAAAGAAAGUUCUAUACUUGGGAAGAAUGUAUGAAUCUGAGGGAAGUUAAGUCUCUGAAAAAACUUAAUCAUGCCAAUGUAAUAAAGCUGAAAGAAGUCAUUCGAGAAAAUGACCAUCUGUAUUUUGUGUUUGAAUAUAUGAAGGAAAAUCUGUAUCAGCUAAUGAAAGACAGAAAUAAACUGUUUCCGGAGUCUGUCAUCAGGAACAUUUUGUAUCAAAUAUUACAAGGGUUAGCUUUUAUCCAUAAACAUGGAUUUUUUCAUCGAGAUAUGAAACCUGAAAACCUUCUUUGUAUGGGUCCAGAACUUGUUAAAAUUGCUGAUUUUGGAUUGGCUAGAGAACUACGAUCUCAACCUCCAUACACGGAUUAUGUUUCCACCAGAUGGUAUCGGGCACCUGAAGUUUUAUUGAGAUCUUCUGUUUAUAGUUCUCCGAUUGACAUUUGGGCUGUUGGUAGCAUAAUGGCUGAACUAUAUACACUAAGACCACUUUUUCCUGGAACAAGUGAAGUUGAUGAAAUUUUCAAAAUUUGCCAGGUGUUAGGAACACCAAAGAAGAGUGAUUGGCCAGAAGGAUACCAGCUUGCUGCUGGAAUGAAUUUUCGCUUCCCUCAGUGUGUUUCCAUAAAUCUAAAGACGCUCAUUCCAAAUGCCAGCAGCGAGGCAUUGUUUCUCAUGAAUACAAUGUUGAAUUGGGACCCAAAGAAACGACCUACAGCAAGUCAGGCACUGAAGUUUCCUUACUUUCAAGUGGGUCAGGUUUUAGGACCACCUCCGCAAUGCAUGAAUCAGAAACAGCCAUAUUCCAAGAUAACAGAACGGAAACCAUCUCUGCCCAAACUUGAACAUAUAUCAAAAUUAGAAGUUGUAUCUGUGCCAGAAUCUCAGACUUCACUAAAUUUAACUGAUAAGCUACAGUGUCUAUCCAAGAAUAACCAACAUCCCCUCCAGUCAAUCCAGCUGCCUCAGAAUGCAGUGAGUCAGCAACCAUCAGUUCAGCAACAGCCUCAGUCGUUCCUUCCAGCCAUCAGUAAAAACUCAACAUCAAAACACAUAGCCAUAGGACCCUCAAACGGUACAAUGGGUAUGAAAAACAAUCGACGCCGGUGGGGUCAAACUAUGUUAAAGACAAUGGAUAGUUGGGAUGAUUUUGAUGAUGCAGAAUUUGGAAUGUCUUAUUUUAAGAAGCCUAGCAUUAUGGUGUUAAAUGAAAAGAAAACAAAAGAAUCACUUUUUAGCGUUCCUGAGUCUACGUCUCCUACCUCUGGCAGGUCAGGAGAAAACAAAGUUCUGAAGAGAAACGACUCUGGAAUGUCAACUAGUUCGGCAAAACAGUACUAUUUGAAGCAAUCAAGGUAUAUUCCUGGUGUAAAUCCUAAGAAUGUUUCCUCAGGAGCGGUCACUAAAGAAAGAAUCCACGGUACUUGCAACAAUCCUUUGUUUUCAAAAUCAAUAGCACCAAUUGGAGGUCUGUCUUUCAAUCAAGUCAAUGCAGAAGAAAACUUAAUUAAACCAAUUGAAAAACUCUCAUGCAAAGAAAGAGUGAAUGAAAAAUUAGAGGAUCCCAAAGCUGUAGGAAAUGCUGGCUUUAUUGGUGCCGCUUACAAUGCUCCUGGAGGAUAUAUCCCUUCAUUUCACAAAAAAGAGGUUGGUUCAGCAGGUCAAAGGAUACAAUUAGCACCUCUUGGUCCUUCAGUUACAGAAUAUGCUUGGAAAACCAAGGCCUCUCGUGCCCAAUUGCCAGGACCUACUUACAGCCCCGCCACAAAAGGCAUGAACAUUUUAACUCACCCACCAGCAGCGCAACCUGUGCAUGGAAGAACUGACUGGAUAGCCAAGUACGGAGGGCAUCGGUAGAAGUACUUUCCUGCAUCACAGAAUGAAGACCUAGUCACUGAGCCAACUAUUACUAGUAUUUGCAAAAGUGGUGCACCCCUAAGAUUCAGUUCUAUUUUAGAUUUUGCAGGAAUAGGGUUAUCCUUGUAUGUGAUUCCUAUGAAUGUAUAUGUGAAGGCGUUAAACCAUUUUCCUUUGAUCGGUGAACAACCUGUCUCUGGUUAUGACUACGGAACUUAUAGGUGGGAAAGGAUGAUAUCAUAUGUUAUGCAUUGGUCCUGAUUCCAAGAGCUUACAGGGCUAUCAUGUAUUGCAUAGACAUAGUUAUAGACAUAUAUCAACUGUUACUAUUGAUUCUGAAAGGAGGGAAAUUUUUCUUUGCAGAAGUGUUUGGAAAACAGAAAGUUAAUGUAUCUGUGGAGUCAUUUACUUGAGGUUAUAGUUUUCUAGGGCAUUAUAUGCAGAUUUGGCCUUACAAUUGGGAAAUAUUAUGAGUGAAUGAUAUUUAGGAAGGAUCCUUUCCUGGGAAGGCUAGGUAGCAUUAUUUAAUCAGAAAAGAAGCAUUUAAAUAAUUAUUACUUGUGGUUCUCUAAGAAGGCAUUUUGGCGGUAUUUCUGAAAUAAUUUCCAGGAAGUCUGAGUAACUUUGUAACUUUGCUUUUUCCCUAAAUUAUUUUUAGUUGAAUUUGAUCACAGAAUUAGUCAACUGUAGUGCCUUCACUUGGUAACUAGAGCUGAAUAACUCCAGAAAUCUCUUUUAAUUCCUAAAGGAAUUGCUUAAAAUCUGGUAAUAUCUGCCAGAAUUUAUUCUUCAAACCUAAUUCUGUAGUCUAGCAUUGAUAGCAUUACCUGGCCUAAAGAAAUAUUUUGAAUAUAAGUAACAAUGGCCUAAAAUUGUCGUGGUAUUUCAAGUUCACAUUUUUAGUGAUUUCUCUAAUAUAUAAGAACUCUUGCUUUAUCUAACAAGAAGUCACUUUAAAACAAUGCUUUUCAAACUGCUAAAUAUAUUUGUUAUAUUGAAAUUGACAAUUUAUACUUGUUAAAUAGCACUUAUAUAUUAUUAUUCAAUUGUAAAAUAUUAUUUGCAUACUGAAAAGUAUUUUGUAUGUGUUUUAUUUUUUAAAAUGUUACACUAUUUUUGUUGUGGAGGACAUGUUUGAUUUGAAUUAAGACUUAAAGUAGAAUGCACAUAAAUAUGCUGUCUCAAUUUCAGUAGGAUUUACUGCUAAGUGUAUUUACACAAUGAAUCCUUGAAUUAAUAAUAUAAAGGCCAAUUAAUAUUAUUGAGUAAUUUUAAAAGUUGCUGUUAUGUGUACAAUAUUUUAUCCCAAUGCAGAAUAGCAGGAAUAUUAAACUGAUUUAUUUCAGUCUCUCAAAACUUACAUAAUUCACUGCUAUAAAUGCUGACUUAAAGGAAUCUACCUAAAAGUUUCAUAUAAAAAAAUCCACAAAGUUGCCUUUGCAACUGGGCUGGUUUUCAAUUGAAAAUAAUUUGUUUUAUUAUAAAGUGAACUUCUCAGGAACACCACAUAUAUAUUAUAGAAGUCUUCCAUCAGAAAAUGCGAUGUAUUUAUUUAUUUAUACCUUAAUAUUUGUUUGUACAGCCUGAUUUUCUAUCCUGGUAUUUUGAAGCUGGUUGGUAGACUAAAUAAAUAAAAAAUACAACCAACAAUUUAUUCAUAUAAAAUAUGUUUAUACAAAUAAAAACUAAAGUAAUUUCUAGCCAGCUUAAAAGGCUGACCAAAGAGGAAAAACUUGAUUCUUUUCUUAUAAGCAGGAAAAAAAGUCAAGUGUAAAAUCUGCAGUAAUGUUCCAUAGCCUGGAACUGAUGGAAUAGCAUCCUCCUAUGUGCCUGAUAAAUGGAUUUUGGAAGUCAGACAUUUUGUGAGGUCUUCUCUGCUGAUCUUUAAGGCCCAGAGAGAGCUAAUCUCUCAGAUUAUCAAGCCUAAACCAUAUUAGGUUUAAGAAGUUAAAAAUGCCCUUAGAGUGGCACCUGGAAAAUAAUCAUUUGCAUUUUUUUCAGUACACCCAAGAGUAAUCGUGGUAUCAUGAUUAGCAGCUUAACUUUCUGCCUUUUGCACUAACUGGUCUUUUUAUACACUCUUGAAAGAUAGCGCUAACUAGGAUUUACUGUAGACAUGUAAAUUAGUCCUGAUGCCUUUGCAUAUAGUGACCUAAAAUAAAGUUUACAUUGGUGAUGUGAAAAAAUUACUACUGGAUAGUGGCUCUGGCAAAGAACUGGGUUUUUUUGCUUAAUUUUAUUAAAAUAUGAGUGUUUAAAAGUGUUUUCCCACAAAAAUACUCAGCAUUUGCUUUUGCUGAACUGAGGCUUUCUUCCUUAAAAUAAGAGAUGGAAUUCUGUACCGAGAAAGAAGGCCUUGCCUGUGCUUAAGUUAAUCUGUGCCCUUACUCUUAUCCAAUAAAGCAGGAGCCUUCAAACUUGGCCCUUUUAUGACUUGUGGACUUCAACUUCCAGAAUUCCUCAGCCAGGCACGCUGGCUGAGGAAUUCUGGGAGUUGAAGUCCACAAGUCAUAAAAGGGCCAAGUUUGAAGACCCCCUGCAAUAAAGUAUUAUCAGUAUAUCAGAAUACAGUACAAGUUGUCCUCAACUUGUGAUUGGUCACUUAGUUACAACAGACUCUCCCAAAAGCUACUUCUAACCUGGUUCCGAAGGCCGGCCUUCCCUCAAUCCCAUGACUGCAGGCUUUGGGUGCUUGGCGACCAGCCCCACAUUUAUGGCUGUAUAUGCAGCUUCCCACAAUUACCUGACUACAAUUUACAGCAUUUUUGUCAAAAGCUGAUUUUUACUUCCAUUUUUUGACAAAUACAUACCCCGCAGUUAACAAUGAGUUUGCUUAAUAAUGGUAGUUGCUUAACGAUUGCUGCAAAAACAAAAAAAGGUAAAUUUGGGUUGGUCACACAAUGGCCCACUUUACCACCAUCACAACUUACAACUAAUUAGCAGGCUCUAUUGUGGUUGUAAGUUGAGGACCACCUGCAAUACUGAAUUCUGAUUUAAAAAUGCUUUUAAACACCUCACAGAAGGACAUUAUCAUGUCAUCAGACAUGAAUCUUGUAUUACCUCAGUGUUUACUGUUGAAACUAACAAAGUUCUUUUGUACAAGAAUGGUUUUAUUUCUGGGUACGUGAGAAAAGUAGAAGUCUACAUUUUCAAACUCAAACCAUUAUUUUCUAAAUAUUGGGGAAAGGACAUUUCUUUAGAAGUGACCUGUUGAUAAUUGUUUAUCUUUUAUAUACAUUAUUAAUAUGACCAAAUCAGAUGACAUUUGAGUGAACUGCUGGGUGUGGAAAGCCAAAUCCUACCUUAAACAUAUAUAGCAUUCAGUAAUUUCAAAUGGGAUGCCCAUUUCUCAUAGAGACUCAUCUGGCCGUAUGAAGACUAUCAUGUGAAAUGUUCUCAAGCUUUGUAAAAGCAAUAGCUUGGACUCUUGGUUUAAUUAUAUCUAAAGUAAAACCACUAAACAUAAUUAAUUUAAUCUUUUUAUUUCAAUGGGACUACUUGAAGGUUGUUUGUAUCUAAUUUCAAUUGUAUAAAAAUGUGAAGAAUGAUCAGGAGAUCUGUGGAUACAGAUACUACUGUUGUACAUGCGUUGGUAUGUUCUGAAUUAAUUCAGUAAUACAUUUGAAGACUCAUUGAAAAAUGUUGAUAAAAAUACCAGUCUCUGUUUCUAUGUACACAUAAAAUUAGCCUAAUUAGCCUUCAGCCCUAAAAGAUUACAACUUAAAAUUAUUGGAAUUCACAUUUGUUUAAAAUUAGGAAAUAAGACUCACAGUUCAAAAGGCUUUUAGACAUUUAAUAAUUUUUGUUUUGAGUGGAACACCUUACAUACAGAUAUACACAGAGAUGAACUUCAGCUUGAAAAUAUGAUAACACAAAAUUAAGUGUAUUUCCUACAAGGUAUUAGCAGCACUGUUUACUGCGUUUC